AUGAAUCGAUCAAGAUACAGAGUCACCUGCAUCAAUGAUUGUGCCGUGUGGAGACAUUGCUCUUAUUAUUGCUUGUUGAAUGAGCCUGUAACGACAUUCUACAAUGACUCGUUUGAUGGGGAAACUAUUGUGGAUUGGUGCGAAGCCGUCGUCGAAUCAGAAAAGCAGGAAAUGAUGGAUACUCUAAUUCCAUACAUCAAUACCAGGAAUCUUCAACAGAUUGACAUUUUCAACCAGCACAAUGCACUAUUUAAUGCAUCUGUUGUCAAGAACUUUCCAUUCAACAUCAUCAAUACUCUUGCUGAUAACCGUGAAUCAAACAUCAAACUCAUUAUUUCAGCAUCAGUCAAUAACGAUGGAUAUCAUACCAAAAUGAAAGGAUGA